AUGAAGGUCAUCGGGGGCGUCCUUCUGCUCUGUACAGUGGCCCAUUUCUGCAACAGGGCAGAAGCUGCCAGUCUGUCUUUACCAAUGAUGGACUGCAGCAUUUACAAGAAGUACCCAGUGGUGGCCAUCCCCUGCCCUAUCACAUACCAGCCUGUCUGUGGCUCUGACUACAUCACCUAUGGAAAUGAAUGCCUCCUGUGUACUGAGAGCUUGAAAAAUAAUGGAAAAGUUCAAUUUCUUCAUGAAGGAGCAUGCUAA